AUGUCGGAGUCGCGUAGCGAGCAAGCGUGCGUGGUAGUUCGGAUCACGAUUGAUUUCGUUCCCGUCGAGCGGAGACGACAGAACAAGACCACCGAAAUCGAUAUUACCAUCGUCUUCUCUGCAAACGGUCAUGACUGCGUCUUCGGUUCCGAUGGCGGGUCUUUGUCGGGCGGUCAUGUGAUCAUGGAUUGGAAAGUCGGUGCGAUGGGCUUGGAACCGUAUGCCAGCCGGCUAGCCACCGCCUGUGAGGAGCUCCGACAGUCCGCGCCACAGGUCGGAGAGAUCAAUCCGGCGACAAUCUACCGUAGACUCCUCUCGCACAUCGUGGACACGGUCCAGGGACAGCUGUACCGAAGACACGGUCGCAGAUUCGAUGGGAUAGAAUGCUACCUCACAUACCCGGUCAGCUGCAGUGAGUCGCUGAAACUUCUUCUUUACCAAGCGGCUACCGCGGUCGAUUUGAAUGUCCUGGGAGGCGUGUCGGAGCCAUUGGCAGCUGCCUACUACAUCAAAUCCAAGACAAGCCUCAAGUUCCAAUCCGGCGCCAAAUUGAUCAUUGAUCUUGGUAGUGCCACCGUCGAUGUUUCAGUUGUGUAUGAGGACAGCAUGGGCUGCAUCAUGCAGGCUUGCGCAAGUGACGGUCUGCGUCCCCGGCCGAUUUCGAAUCCGGAUGCCUUGCCAACGAGGAGGCGCUGGGCCCUGUACACAUCGUUAUCUUUUAACCGAUGCAAACGCUCCUUCAAUGGUAGAUCUGACCAUGUGAUAUGUUAUGGAGAUGGCAAGGCUGCCACUAUAUCAUCUGAUACCAUGGAAUCCUUUUUCGAGCCUCUGAUAUCUAGGAGUGUGGGACUAGCUGAAGACAUGUGCAACCGGACAAGGCUUGCUGGGCACCCUGUCAAUACAAUAGUGGUCUGCGGUGAUGUUACGGGAAAUUACUGGUUUUUCCAGGACUUCGAGCAGCGACAGCUCUCUCAGACCGGCAUCGCCAUAUGCAUCCAGGUACCAGAGCCUGAGAUCAUUGCACAUGGAGCACUUGCGUACUCUCGCAGUCCUAUUGUUGAAGACCAUGCCAUCGCGCAGCGCCUUGAUCUGAGCUACAUCGGAGACUACACCAAAAGCGGGAGGCGCCUGAAGCGUCGAGAUUGGCGCACGGGUAUAGGGUGGUUCCUCUCUGAGGGUCAACUAGCCACGGGCCUGCCUCGCCUACUAACAUUUACUAAGGAUAUUGAACCGGGCACGGAUGACGAAGCCGAUCACUUGAUCGAGACGAAUGUGUACACCACCUACGCGGAUUCGAGAGAACUCGGCCAACACAUCCGGGAAAACGACCUUGUUGACUGGGACUGUGGGAUCACAUACCCGGUCACGGACUCGAUCCUCUCCACUUUGUCACACCUGGGCACAAUUUCCGGGAUCCUUCCACAUGAAAAACUGUUUCCCCUCCGGGCUGAAAUGUACGGAUCAGAAUUCGAGCUCCAGCUUACCCUCGAGGCCUAUAACAACCUGUUGGAGACUCAGUUUGCUGUCAAGCUUCCGAGCGGGAUUCUAUGUCCAUUAAAGGACGUGCGUUACUUUCCUUUACAAUUGGCACCCAGAUCUGAACUUCUGAAUCGGGGUGCUCUUUCCGAUCAAAUCCCGGCCAACGGAACUGCCAGAGAUGAACCGCGGUCAAUCCAUGAGCAGCAGAAUCUUACUUUAUCUGGUUCUUCUCUCUGGGUGUCCCCGAGAAGCCGUGGUCCAUCCACACUGGCACGAAAUGAACAUGCUGCGCGUGGUAUAAGCGCAUCGGGUGCGUCUCAUUUCAACUCAACUACUUCUGAAAGGACCAUUAUCCCAUUUUCAGAACACAAUAUCACCCAAGCCAAGACUGCAACAAGCUUCGUCCGGGUUAGGACUGCGACGAGCUUUGUCCGGCUUGAGACCUCAGCAAGUUCCACCCAUGUGGAGACUGCGACAAGCUUUACCAACAUCUCAGUCAACAACCCCCCCAAAUAA